AUGCUUUUGCAGUACUUUCUCCUUGGUGUGGCGCCAAUAAUCCCAGCACUGGAUGGCGCGCCGGAAUGUGAUGGAGGUGCCAUGGAAAGUACGGACAUCAACGAAAUUCUCAAGUAUAUCAACGAAAGACGUUCAACUGUCGUCCAAGGCAAUCAGAGGAACGGACAAAGAAAGGAUAAUCUGCCAGCCGGAAAAUACAUGAAUCAAAUCUACUGGAAUUGUGAUCUAGAAAAGGAAACCAUGGAGUUUUCGACAGAUGUCUGUGACUAUCCCGAACAAACGCCCCAAAAAAGUCAAGCAUACCAUGCAGACUAUGACUAUGAUGGGGAAAAAGUACCUUCAGCAUCGUCACUUGUGGAAACUUGGUUAGGCAUGGUAGAUAACAAUGCUCUCACCGAAUAUGGAAAUGGAGCAGUAAAAUAUUCCGAAGAAUUAAAUAUGGCUGAUUUCGUAAACCUGAUUAAUCCAAAAACAACCGAUAUAGGAUGUGCUUUUGGAAACUGUGUUAUUGAAGACGGAGGAAGCAAGUACACAUUCUACUGCCUAACUAAUCAAUCGUAUGUUCGUGUUGCAUGA